AGAAAAAGAAAAAAGAAGAGAGGAAAAUAUCAUUUUUCCCACACUAUUCAAACCGGCCAGAACCGGAACCAAUUCUGUAUUUUUGUGGGUCUAACAAGUCUAGAAGAUAAACCAAUAAAAAGGUGUUUUUUACUUUUCAAUCUAUCACCUUGAGCUUCCUCUGCGUCUUUUUCUAUCGAAGAGUAACCACAGAAAACCUUGUCUUCUUCUUCUUCCUACAAUCGCUCUGCGACAAUCUCAUGGUAUAUCGACUAUCAUGAAGGCUUGCAACUUCAUGUGGCCUUCCGCACCACCCAGAUUCGCCACGCCUUAUCCGCACCUUCGCACGUACACCACACGCGCCGCCCCUUUAUUCCAGGUUAAGGCCUUCCAACGCGGCGACUUCGACCGUUUCGCCGAUAACAUUAAGUCGGGAAAGGCUUGGAGAGACGCGUGGCGUACCGCCAACGAUGGAUUCGAGCAAUUCGUCUUUGAGGCGAAGAAAACCGCCGAGAGAAUCGACCGUCAGUACGCCGUCUCUCGCCGAUUUAGCUCCGCCGCAAGCUCUGCUGGUGACCGUGCUCGUGAGAUUGAUCGCGAAUUCGGGAUUAGCCCACGUGUCAGGAGCUUAUCCGUCGAUUUUAGUAGAAAUUUUCCCAAGUACAGGAAGCAAUUCAGUGAUUUCUUGAAUACACCACUCGGUGGAAGUUUUGCUACGAUUUUCUUUCUUUGGUUUGCUCUGUCUGGAUGGUUGUUCCGAGUGAUAAUAAUCGCGACAUGGGUUCUUCCGAUUGCUGGCCCUCUUCUCAUUGGUGCAGUGGCGAAUAACUUCGUCAUCAAGGGAGAAUGUCCAGCGUGUAAGAGGCAGUUCAUAGGAUACAAGAACCAAGUCAUCAGAUGCGAGGGAUGUAGGAACAUAGUGUGGCAGCCACAAGGCGAUUUCUUCUCCAGAGAUGGCAACAACAACAAUAACAACAACAAGGGCAACUCUAAAAAGCCAUCUAAGUCCCAAAUCAUUGAUGUUGAUUUUGAGGAGAAAUGAUGAUUUAGGCGACAAUAAAGCAAGAAUACGAUAAAAGAAAAAAAAGUGUGUUUUGGUAGUAGCUGAACAGUUAUGCUGAUUCUGUUUGUUUAAAGUUGCAACUAUGCGGAAAGGUAAUCGUGUUGCUUGUUGUGUACAUUAUAAGGACUUUUUGUAGAUGAACAAAUGUACAAGCCUACGAGAGACUUGACUGAAACUCCGAAAGUAAUUUACAUCUAGUCAAACCAUAUUAGAGGAACAAUUUACAUCUCUAUUUUUUGUUUUAUGCUUACUUUUUACUCUUUUUUCUGACGUCUGAUGUUAUUAUAUAUGAGGAAUUACAAGAAAAC